UUAAGCUUAAGAUUUUGUGGCGGUAAUGUGAAAAAAUAAAUUGUUUUACAAGUGGACGCUCUGCAUCAAAUAAUUGUGCUGAAUAUUUUUGCUUGCAUUACAGUUUUAUUAUCAUCGAUCUCAAAUUGAGUACAUUCUCUAUACACCAUCAACAAUCACAUCGUAGUACUGAAAUUCACUUUAAUCUUUUGGAAUUUCCACGAUUUUUUUUUUAAUAAAAUCAUACUUCAUCCAAAUUCGAAGUGGAGCAGAAUGAGCUGAAUAAUAAGUGUAAAUUAAAAAAAAAAAUUAAUAGCAUUCGCAUUUUUUAAUUAUUGGAGUGCAUCUUCAUUGUUAUCCAAAAUUAUAAUUAUUAACUACGUGCUGAAGAAAAGGUCGAUUUUCAAUCGAAAAUGCAUGAUUCAUUGUUUUGCCUAAUACUUCCAUUGAUUGUGGUCGUACAAUGUGAGACGAUUCAUUUUACAAAUUCACCAUCGCAUUUGGUGGGCUCAAAAAAUAUCACCUCUUAUAAAUUAUUAGUGAAAAAUUCGGAUCCAAUAACGAUUAUCGAAGCAAACAAAGAAAUAAAACAACGACCAUACAACCGAUAUCCUGAAAAUUAUUAUCCAAACGAUCGUGUCGAUGUGAAUGUUGACGACAGUGUUGCCGAUUCACCAAUACGUGAUUAUCAUGUGAAAUUGAUGGCCAAUAUGGGUGGAUCGCAUCAAUUAGAACAUACAAAUACACAAAAUGUUCAUGGUUCUGUUGGAUUCACAAUAACUGGUGGCCCUUCAGGUCCAUCAGGUGGCAUGUCAACAUUCAAUUCAAAUGAGUUCAAAAAAAGCGAUCAAGACCAUGACGGUGAAUCGAGCAAUAUAAGCGCGAAAAAGGUGGUUUAUUCGCCAAUUUUAUUGAAAAAAUUCAUGAAAGAAUAUGCGGACAAAUUGAAAAAUGCCGAUGUUUCAACGAAAAAUGAAAUUCAAAAAAUUCACGAAAAAAUCCACGAACAACUGUCGAAUCAUGGAAAUAAAAAUACAAAUGAAAAUGAAAAUUCCGAGCCACCGUUGGUGUUUGACAAAUCAAUUGAAGAAAUGGAACAAAAGUAUAAUUUGAAUAGUUAUCAUGAUAGUUACGAUGAUGAACGAAACAAUCGUUAUAAAGACCGUGAUGGUUGGGUAACUUUAGAAGCUGUGCCGUGGAGCAGCAGUACUGUUUCAAAGUGGCGUCCACAUUCACAUGGCAUGAUUGAAGACACUCGUAGAAGACCAUCGGCAAAUACGGCACGUCCAUAUAACAAUAAACCCGAUAAAUUUCCAUACCAUGAUGAUUUCGAUGAUGAUUAUUACAAUCGACCGAAACCAGGAUAUGUUGAUCGAGAUCGACCCGGUGUAUAUUCAGCAUGGACAAAACCAAAUUCGAUGAAUGAUAAUGGACGACCACGACCGCAACCAUAUCGAUUUGGUGAAUCGAGUUCGUUUGGUUCGCAAAAUAAAUACAACGAUAGAGAUCAUCAUUCGGCCAGACCGUGGAAUAAUGUUGGAGGUGAUUUAAUAACAGACAAUCGUCCAUCAGAUUUUCCACCUGAAUCGCAUUAUAAUAAUCAUCAUCAUCAGGAUGACGAUCAUUUUAAUACGGCAACAAGUAAUUUCCAUGCAUCAUAUGAGGAUCGACCGAGCGAAAGUAAUGGUGAGUGGGUGUUGAUUUCAAAAACAAAAGGCUAUCAAAUGACUGGUGGCAAUCGUCGCCAACAUGGUAAACGUGCACUAUCCACAUCCAAUACACAAUCAAGCGUCAUAGUCAAUGUACCACAAUCUAUGCGUGUACAUAAAGCAAUCAAAUUAACAGUUUUACCGGCAUCAGAUCCCGCUAAAAAUAGUACAUUUUCAACAGAUCCAAAACGUAAACCAACCACAAUUAUUCAUGGCGGAAUGCUUGAAAUUGACGCAACACAUCAAAGCAUUGAAGACGAUGUUCGAGCCACAAUGCAAGCUCAGAAGACACAUUCAAAUGGUAAUAAUCCAGUGAAACAAUCGUCAUCAUCGCCGGCAUCCAGUGAAAAUAAAAAUAAAACCCGAAAAUUACUGAAAGUGAUCGCGACAAAAGACGGACCAUACAAAUCAGCAGAAAUACUUGCCGCAGUGGGCGCUGGAUUGCUGCCAGCUACUAUGGCUAUCAUUGCUCCAAUAGUAUUUGGACGAAAACGUAGAAGUGUCGACAAUUCAACCGAAUUCCCAUACCGGGAGUAUACUCCAUUGUACUUAGAGUACAAUCCAAUAUCUCAACCAAUCUUCAUGUAGCGAACGCUACCAAAAUCAUCUCUCAAUCAACAUUCUAAGCUAGAUGUUAAUUUAUUACAACGCUAUCAUGUUACAUAUCUAUUUCUAAUUUAUUUAUUUAUUGGAAGAUUUUUUUUCGUAGUAAAUAUGUUUUAUUGAUCUAAAAAUCAUUUUUUUAUAUUUACUUACCAAG